GCUUCCCCCGGACUACUCUGCUCUAGUGUCACUAUUAACGGACUUUGAAUUACAUUUUAUUUUUCCUAUUUGUUAAUUUGGCAGCGUUUGAAGAUGACGAGUAAAAUUAAGUUUGUUCAGUCUCUGAUAAAGACUGCAGCGCGUGCUAACGUGCCCAAACACAUCGACCACUUCUCCAAGUUCUCCCCUUCUCCUCUGUCCAUGAAGCAGUUCCUGGAUUUCGGGUCGACCAACGCCUGUGAACGCACUUCGUUUGUCUUCCUUCGCCAGGAGCUUCCUGUCCGUCUGUCCAACAUCAUGAAAGAGAUCAACCUGCUGCCGGAGCGCCUGCUGGCCAUGCCCUCCGUCCAGCUGAUGCACAGCUGGUACAUCCAGAGCCUGUUGGAGAUCCUGGAGUUUCUGGACAAGAACCCCGAUGACCAAAGCGUCCUUGAAAUGUUUGUGGAGGUCUUGGAGAGUAUCAGGAACCGGCACAACGAGGUGGUCCCCACCAUGGCCCAGGGGAUCGCUGAGUACAAAGACACUUUCCACCAGCAGGACCCCGUCACUGACCACAACAUCCAGUACUUCCUGGACCGCUUCUACACCAGCCGCAUCUCCAUCCGCAUGCUCAUCAACCAGCACACUCUCGUCUUCAACGGCAACACAAACCCCGCCCACCCCAACACCAUUGGCUGUAUUGAUUCCAUGUGUGACGUGCCUGAGGUGGCGCGAGACGCCUAUGAGAGUGCUAAGCUGCUGUGUGAGCAGUAUUACCUGGGAGCCCCGGAGCUGGAGCUGACGCAGAUAAACGCCAACAACACCAGAGAGGCCAUCCAAAUCUCAUACGUCCCAUCGCACCUGUACCACAUACUGUUUGAACUCUUCAAGAACGCCAUGAGAGCAACCAUUGAGAACCACGAGGCCAGCAGGACCCUCCCCCCCAUCAAAGUCAUCGUCGCACUUGGAGGAGAGGACCUGUCAAUCAAGAUGAGUGACAGAGGGGGGGGGCGUUCCCUUCAGGAAGACAGAGCAUCUCUUCAGCUACAUGUACUCCACCGCUCCCAGACCCUCCAUCGGAGACAAACACAGAGCCCCACUGGCAGGGUUCGGCUAUGGUCUGCCCAUCUCUCGUCUCUACACUCGCUACUUCCAGGGAGACCUACAGCUCUACUCUAUGGAGGGCAGCGGCACUGACGCAGUGGUUCACCUGAAGGCAUUGUCCACGGACUCAGUGGAGAGACUUCCCGUUUUUAACAAGACCGCUCUGCGUCACUACAAGCUGAGCCUGGAGGCGGACGAUUGGUGCGUUCCCUCCAGGGAGCCUCUGGACCUGACUGUGUACCGCGCAGAGAAGUGAUCCAGACAUGAGCUGACAUGAUAUCUGACUCAAACCCUCACUAACUGACCACAACAGGUCUAUAGGAGGCAGGGCAUUGUGGGACCAGAACUACCAGGCCUUGGGUGGACGAGGACUUGCUAAAGUGUCCAAAAGUGUCCUUGGGUAUCGAAGACAAGGCAGCGCAUCGGCAUCCUGGUUGAUUGGGAACUUCCUCGAUUGAAACCAGCAUCUACUUCUUCUCUACACGUGUGCUUUAGAUAGAGGAAGCGAAUGUUGACAUUCUGAGUCAAGAUGGCCGAUCUUCAAAGAUGCAGUAGUAGUAAUCCAGGAAGUGAGAGCUCGUUGUAGAGCUGAACUGGUGGUCGGGCUGAACAAUUUGUAGAACAUAUGCAACUGUGGAUAUUACCUGACCAAUUGGGAUUUAUGAACACAUUUACCAAAAUUAUAGCUAUUAUUGAAGGUUCUAAAGGUGGUUCUGUGCCAAUUAAGUCUAAAGCUGCCCUCACAUGCUCAACCGUAAAAUGGCUCUAUGCUGACGUUGCAGUUUUUUUCCUAUGGACAGAGCAAUACAGCCGACUAUGCGAAAAAAUUCCUUCGGUGUGCAUCACUCGUGAAAAGCUGUCGCUCAAAGUUCAAUUUUUUUUAACUUUGACCUUGAAGCCUUUUGAUGCAUCACAAAAUUAGAUAACAGCUGUGUGCAGCACCGUAACCAUAGAAACAAAACAUCUACCUGUUGUCACCGCAAGGCUGUUCCGCGCCCUACUUAUUGGUGAGCAAAGAACAAAUGGCGGAUCAUGUUAAGGCAGCUUUAUGGUUUGAUGCCACUUAGGGCCUUCCUCAGAGCCAAAAAGGGCUUCUGCAUGUUGACUUGUUGACAUGUGGAGUUAGCUUUUUGCUUUUUGAUGCAAUAACCAUUUCCCGUUCCUCUUUGUGCCUGCUGUAAGUAGGAAUCAGUUAAUGGGAAUUCUAUGCAAUCUUAUACUGUUUGACUUUUCUGGUCUUGUACAAAUGCCAAUAAGUAAAUCCUCUCUUGAGUUCCUGUUUUGUGAACAGAUGUGCUCAGUUACUGGUAUUAAAGAGGGAUCAAGGAUCACUUGGUUAGACUUUGACAAAGAGUUACAUAAGCUUGUCUGUCUUCUGUUGACAGUGAUGGUUAUCCAUUAAUUAGUUCUGAUAAACAUUUGUUUUCCAAGACCUGCAGGGUCCAAACUGCAAUGACUGUGUUUGACUGUGUAUGAAAGUAAUAUCCAUCCAAUAUACUGUUCAUUUGUUUGAUUUACUUUAUGUAAACACAGUUAUGUGUGACUUUGACAUUGUGUCAUGCCUCAAUUGAAGUGUCUAUAUUCUAAUGUGUAUUUGAAGUGAAGAUUUCAUAUUGAAGGGCUUCUAUUUUUAUUAAAAAAUAUAUGAAAAUAAA